AUGGCAACGAAUGAUGCAUUAACAGCAUUACCGUACUUCCUCAGCUUACAGCUGUUACUCUACACUUUCACACCAGCUGCUUAUGCGAUCAUUCUCAGCUAUGAAACUCGUCCACGGGAAAUGGUAGUAAGCUCUUUCUUCCACUAUCUGAAAACACCUUUCGAAAAUUACCAGCCAAAUGUACAGACGAAACGUAGUGGAGAAAUGUGGAUGUCACUGCUAACCUCAGCGCUUUUACCAGAAACCGGGAAUCGAGGAGAUGAUCACAGAUAUCACGGAUUAAGAGGAAGAAAGUGA